AUGAGCAGCCCACGGCGAAAUGCAGGAGAAGCAUUUUCCAAGAGCAACAAGCCGACCUCAAGGGUUCAUCACGGUGCUACCAAGUUCCCCAAGCUCGUGGAAGCAGCGGUUGAGGGAGGAGGCCUUCACUACGAGAAUGACUUCGAGGACGAUCUUUCAGAACACAGCAAGUCAACUGACAGCCUUAGAAGCCCCAUGAGAGGAGCUCACAGGAGGACCCCGCACAGAGGGUGGGAGGAGGACGGCGAGUUCGAUGCCAUCGAGAAAUGUGGGAGUGAGAUGCGGUCCAUCUUCCAGAGCUGGCGGAGGAAGAACCCCUCAGGCGACUUCAUGCAGGACUUGUCGGUUGUUGAGCAGAAGCUGAAGAUGUUGGAGCUGUUCGUAAGCUCGGAGCGGCAGGCCUGGACGGGAAAGUAUGCGACUAAGUGCCAACAGCAUGCGGCGCUGCUGCUGCAGUUGAGCGCGUGCAAGCAGUCCAACAACAAGACGAUGACGCAGGCGUUUGAGGACGUGACGGUGAUGACGGAGCGGAUCAAGAAGACAGAGGAGAGCUACCUUAAGUGCAAGAUAGACAAGGAACACCUCGAGUUCGAGUUCCAGAAGGAGAUCGCCGCCAUGUCGCGGAAGCUGUCGGAGAUGGAGCACUCGGUCUACUCGGCAAGGGUAGAGAGCGAGAAGGCGAGCAGAGAAGUCAAGGCGCAGCAUCAGCUCGUGAGGCAGCUGGAGGCAUCGAGUGCAGCUAAAGAUGCUGAGAAGGAGCAGCUGAGCCUGAAGGCGACCAGGUUGGAACAAGAAAUCGUCGCUCGCAAGACAAGGGAGGUUCAGCUGCUGCAAGACGUUGAGAGUCUGAAGCAGGUGUUGGAGCAGGAGACGUUGCAAGCCAAGAUGCAGAUGAAUGAGAGUUUGACUGCAAAGCAAGAAUACGAGAGUAGGAUGUCUCAGUUGCAGUCAGAACUUCAAGAAUCCAAGCAAGAGAUCGCUUAUCUCUCUUCGCUCAGGGCAACCAACGAAGCUCUUGUAUCAAAGAACGCAAGCCUGGAAGUUGAGCUAAAGGAAGAGAUCGACGAGCGAAACAAGGAAGUGAAACAGCUUAAGCUCGCAGCAGACUUCGAGACAUCAUCUCUAAAGAGCUCCAAGCAGCAAGAGGUGCAGAUGCUGCAGGAGGAGAUUGACAGCCUCAAGUCGCAGCUCUCAAGGAUGGAAGAGCAGGCCAAGAGCGAGGCGCUUUUGUUGAAGUCUGAGUUGGAGGAGUGCAAGAACAUGGUGGGGCAGACGAGGAGAGCUGACCUGCUCAAGGUCGAGCUAUCGACUGCAGAGAAGAACGAGUCCGAGAGCAACCUCGUGGAGCUGAGGAGCAGAGUGCAGGAGCUGACGUUGGAGCUGUCCAAGAGCAGGAGGGAAGCGGAUCUAUCGCUGGAUGAAGCCAACGGGAAGGUAGCAGCUCUCACGCAGGAGAUCGCGUACUUGUCCUACCUCAAGACGCACAUCCACAGCUACGACCAGACCUACAGCAAGGUCAUCCAGAGCCUCUCGAACAAGCUCGACAGAGUCGACGAGUGCCUGAUGGCAGUUGAUGCGAUGCGCGCUAGAGCAGCCGAGCAAACGCAGCUGGAGCAGUCCUCACCUCCUCCUGCUCCUGCUCCUCCUCCUAGUGUCCCAGUCUCCCCCCGCCGAGACGCAGCGGAGGCAGAGAGCGCGAGAUUGAUCCACAACUUGAAGAGAUGGCUGAACCGGGAGCGAGGGCUGAGGAAGGCGAUGGAGGAGAAGGUGAAGGAUAUCAGAGCUGAGCGAGACUUCUCGAAGAGGCUGCUCAAAGACUUCCUCCUGCAGAGCACAAGGGCCAAGGCAGAGGCGCUGGCCAGCCUCUCCUUUCUCAAGCUGGGAGACGAUGCAGGUGGGGUCGAGCUGGAUCCAAGGAGGAAGAGGGAGAUGCUGAGCAAGCAGGUGGAGAAGCUCAAGGAGAUGAAGAUGAUAGCGGAAGGGAUGAGCGGCGGCGAUGAGUCGUUGAUGAGAUCGAAAGAGUUUACAAGUGGGCAUGUCCUGUUCUCCAAGUUCCACAAGGACGUGAUGGAGGUCAAGUCAGAGACGCCCAACUCCAUGUCGGACUUCCUGCUCUUCGGCCAUGACGGCAGGCAGGAGGCAACCAAGAAGCAUGCACGGGCUGUCAACAAGGGAGGGAGCACCGAGUAUCUUGAUGAUGGUGGUGACGGAGGUGGGGGACGGAUUUCAGAUGAAGACGAGGGGUCGCUGCGAAGCUAUCUCUCGGGGUUCUUGAACGGCCUCAUGGAGGAGGUGGUAGCGCAGAGCAUCAUUGGCAGCGAGACGGAUUCUGAAGUCUCUUUCAGUCCAGAGGAGGCGGACGAGAGAGGCGGGCCGCGUGUAGAUAAUCUACAAGAGCUUCAAUCUUGA